AUGACCCUGGUGGUUCAAGGAUAUGACUUCAAUGAGGGUGUCGACUACCACAAGCUACUGCGAUCCUAUGCUACAUCUGGGUUUCAAGCCACAAACUUUGGCUUGGCAGUCGAUGAGAUCAAUAAGAUGCUGGCCGCUCGUGACCAGCCGGCCGCCGAGGACGACAGCCUCUGCGACGACGAGUUCACGCGGCGCCGCUCGGCCUGCACGCUCUUCCUCGGCUUCACGUCCAACAUGUCCUCGUCCGGCGUCCGCGAUACCAUCCGCUUCCUGGUGCAGCACAGGAUGGUGGACUGUGUGGUGACCACGGCCGGCGGCGUGGAGGAGGACCUGAUCAAGUGCCUGGCAGAUACCUAUGUGGGUGCCUUCGACUUAAAAGGCGAGGGGCUCCGCAAGCGCGGCAUAAACCGGAUAGGCAAUCUCCUAGUACCCAACGACAACUACUGCAAAUUUGAAACGUGGGUCAUACCAAUACUGGACAAACUGUUGGAAGAACAAAGCGAAAAGGGCACGCUGUGGUCGCCGUCGCGCAUCAUCGAGCGGCUGGGCCGGGAGAUCGGCGACACCCGCUCCGUGCUGUACUGGGCCGCCAAGAACAGCAUUCCCGUGUUCAGUCCGGCCCUCACCGACGGCAGCCUCGGAGACAUGAUGUUCUUCCACUCGUACAAGCGGCCCGGCCUCGUGGUCGACAUCCUCUCGGACCUGCGUCGUCUCAACUCGAUGGCGAUGAAGGCCCAGAGCACGGGCAUGAUCAUCAUCGGCGGCGGUCUGGUCAAACACCACAUCUGCAACGCCAACCUCAUGAGAAACGGCGCCGACUUCUCCGUGUUCGUGAACACGGCCAGCGAGUUUGACGGCAGCGACGCGGGCGCCAGGCCCGACGAGGCCGUCUCGUGGGGCAAAAUCCGCGUGGACGCCCGGCCUGUCAAGGUGUACGCCGAGGCGUCUCUCGUGUUCCCACUACUCGUGGCGGAAACGUUCGCUCGUCACCACUUCAGCAAGGCGCCGUCUAAGUCGGCGUAGAUGGCGGCCUUCGACAAGGCACGCAGCGGGGCCCGGCUGGGGCUCCUCGGCCCGGCCGGACAUGCGGAGACGGUCGGCGUCACGCUGCUGGCUACGAAACGAUUCGCUGCAUUCCUGCCGACCGCUAAGCGCGUGGCGUAGAUGCGUGUUUACCGUGGACGUGCGGCGUCAGCGGCCCGGUCUGGGAGGAGCCGGCGCUCAUCGUGCAUGGCCUGCCGUCGCACCGCCCCGCCCGCCGGGGCGUCCGCCCACCACUCGGCCGUGGCGCGUGGGCGCCCUGCCAUCUGUCGGACGGGCGCCAUUACUGGCGUGAAGAGGAGGGCGCACGCGUGCACUGUGAUUUGUGCAGCUUAUGGAGCCGCUGGAGCCGCACGCUGUGCUCCUUGUUUCCUGUUCUUGAGCGUAUGUGCUGCCCUUCUGCUGAUACAAUACAACAUGG